CGCAUUCCACAUGAUGUAUUCGGACGCAAUCAUCUCAAAGAAAGGGCCAUUAGCCCGAGUGUGGCUAGCUGCACAUUGGGAGAGAAAGAUAUCGAAGAAUCAGUUUUUGCAGACCAACAUUGAAAAAACUGUUGACGCCAUCACGGCAGAAGAGCAGGAGAUGCUUACGUUGCGCCUUUCCGGUCAGCUUUUGCUCGGUGUUGUACGCAUAUACUCGCGAAAAACGCGCUACCUUCUUGAAGACUGCAAUGACGCACUGGUCAAAAUUAAGACUGCUUUUAAGAAGGGUGAUGUUGAUAUGCCCGAUACCCACCGUCACGUCGCCAACAUCAAUGCUAUCACUUUGGCAGACGAUCUUACAGAAUUCGACAUUCUCCUACCUGAGGCACCUUUGCAUCUCAACAGAGACCCAAAUGAGCCAAUUAUGGACCUUUCACUUUCAAUGAGCAAUAUAUCUCGCCGACAAGAUAUUACCAUCAGCCAAAGUGGUAAUGAUGCACAACUUUUCAGUCUUGGAUUCAACGAUAAUAUAUUGGAUGGCAUCGAAACCGGUCGUGAUUUGUUCCAGCAUGGCGCGCAGUCAGAUUUACAGCUCGCCGAUCUCGGCCUGGACGACAUGAAUGAAAUAGAGAUGGGAAGAGAUGCAGCUUUUGAGCGAUCACUCACCAUGGACGAUAUUGGUGCUCCACUGGAACGCAUGAAUAUCAAGGAUACCAACAACAAUGAAGAAUUUGACUUUGAUCUUGGCCCUGAACCCGACUUCCUGCCUGAGGCUAGUCCUGACAUGCGUCAGAAUGAAUCAUCAUUUGAUCUUCCUGAUGCAUCCAUGACUACCGAAAGCAACUCUGCGCUCAUUGCAGAUACGCAGGCCAUUGGCGAUGACCUACUUUUUGAUGUUGGAACCCCGUCUGCUCAAGCAAAUACACCUCAGAUCCACCGACGACGAUUAAUUAUUGACAAGGUCACUGAGCUUCCUCAUGACAAGAUAAGGGAUCAAAUCAAUGACACCUCCGACAUUGUCACAGAGGCAACGUUCCUUCCAACAUCUCCUGAGAUGCUUCGUUUCAAGUCGAUUGAAAAGCAAGGCAUCAAGUUUUUCAUCAACCUUAAUGCUCCUCUCAAUUUGGCACCCGAACUUCAAGCUCUCUUCACGCGAAGUCGCAAGAGAUCACCUAGCGUUACCAGUCUAGGUGAUGAAGACGAAGAAGAAGAGCAUCAGAGAAAGCAACCCAAAUUGAUCAGUGGACCAACAACUAAACUCCAAACUGCUACAGAGGAGGAUGAAUAUGAUAUUGUCCUUGGAGCUGGCGAGGAGGCAACUACAGCAGCUGCAACAGCCGCAGCCGCAGCAGCAGCAGCAGCAAUAGCAGCAAAGGAUGUGCCAGAAACACAGGCAGGCAUUAUGCCUUAUGAAGCAAAUGUAAACCCAGUUACUUCAUCGGCAUCACAGCUGUUGACUCCUUUGGGCAUCAGCAAGCAGACAAACGAUACUAUGGAAAGACUACAAGUUACAUUUGACCAGAAGAAGCAAAUGGCAGAGGAGCCCAAGAUCACAUAUCAACAAAUGGCGAGCCCAAACUUGAAGCGGGCAGACGCUGUCAAGCUCUUCUUUGAUGUCUUGGUUCUUUCUUCUAAAGACAUGGUCAAGGUCAAGCAAGCAAAGCCCUACGGUGAUAUUACCAUUAGCCAAGCAGUUGUCGCUUAGCUUAUUUGGCUAUUUAUUCCCCCUCCAUCCAUCCAAUCUUAUUUCUCGUACAUAUUUCCACUGAAUAAAAUGAAACAAUACCAUACCUUUAAA